AUGUCCUUCGACGUCCUCCUCGCUGUAUUCCUUCCUUUGGUCAUCCUCUUCCUCAUCUUCAGAGUAUACCCAACAUUGGCGUGGUCCGACGUCUUCUUUCUCUUCUCGCCGCUGUCGUCGGCGUCACGCACAGAGGCUGGCAUCUUCUCGCCUCAACAUGCAUUUCAUUCCUUCAAACGGUACCGCCAACUCUCUAUGCACGAACUUUCUCGCGCACGCUCUGCCUACGUAGCGCUUGGAAGGAUGCACAAACGGAUUGGCUAUAAUAUUGGAUACCCAGCCAAGCUGAAUGCCUUUGAAAACUCCAUAGAAUCGAACGGCCAAAUUGCGGACGACAUUGCUCGGCUUGCCGCUGUCGAGUACGACUUGCGUGAGUUGCCGGCACACAACGUCAGCGUGGGCUCGGGAGACCUGUCGAGGGUACGCGAAUCACUCCGGCAUUUCGUGCGCGACUGGAGCAAUGAGGGGGCCGCAGAACGAAAAAAGAUUUUCACGCCUAUUCUCGACGUCCUUGGCGCCGUCGCACCAGGUGAACGUGCUGGAUAUCGAGUCCUUAUCCCUGGCUCAGGGCUGGGUCGGUUUGCCUGGGAAGCGUCGCAGCUGGGGUUUGACACGACCGCCGUCGAAAUGUCAUCCUUCAUGAACUUUGCAUUCCGUUUCUUGCUUUCGCCGCAGACAACAUCCUCGCUCAAUCAGCACAAGAUCUAUCCCUAUGCCCAUUGGUUUUCGCAUCAAAGGUCGAAUGACUCGCUAUUCCGAGCAGUCGAGUUCCCUGAUGCCCUACCCAGGCCAGAUGGAAGUCUGCGUUUGCUUCAAGACGACUUUCUAGAGCUGCCAAAAGACCAGAAAUACGACUAUAUCGUCACCCUUUUCUUCAUCGAUACGUCUUCCAAUGUAUUUGCGACUUUGGAACACAUUCAUACACUGCUGAAUCCCAACGGUGUCUGGAUCAACCUUGGGCCUCUCCUAUGGUCUUCGGGAGGCGCCGCCAAGUUGGAGCCAAGUCUAGAGGAGCUGCUGCACGCGGCACGAGAGAUCGGUUUUACCUUUCCGCGGGACUGCCCUGAAACCAUUGAAUGCGAAUACACCAGCGACCAGAACGCCAUGAUGCAGUGGAUAUACAAGGCCCAGUUUUGGACCGCUAAAAAGAAAUGGUUGGCAGAGUCUAUCGUUCGCUAG